GGAUUUCAAUGACUUACAACACCAAAAAAAGAACUUAUGACUACCUGCAUGAGUCUAAAUCAUUAUAAUACAGGUAAUUUAUUUACCUAUAUAAACUAAUAAUAUAAAGUUCUUAAGCUACAUUCUCUCUUGAGAAAAACAAGAAAUAACACGUAAGUUCAUCAACUAAAUAUCGACUAAACUAAAAAUGGAAUACAAAUCUAAAACUACCGUCAGCUACACUUUAUUCCUGUACCGUGAGGAAUUGCGUCGCUCUCAAUCACGUUUUACACAAUUGAAUCGUACGAAAAUUUCUCUUACCGAUAAAUUGAUCGCGAAAAGUGUUCGAAAUUUGGAAAAAUGUUCUAUAGAAGAUUUACACGCCUUCAAUCAGGAAAUCUUAUUCAAAAAGAAAUUAAAGUACCAAAUACAACGCAGCAGACAUUUGAAGAAAUUGGGAUUGAAAAAUGUUAAUAGUAAAAUAUCUUCAACGGAAUUGUAAAUAUUUUUGAGGUCUAAUUGAAAUCAAUAGAAUUGAAAAGAACUUAUAAAAUGUUUGACAGUAAACUACUACCAUGGAGUCCACGGAAAAGAUGCAGUAUUCAAAAUUAUGAGAAUCUUAUGGAAAUGUGCAAACAUCAAUGAAGAACCAUUAUGGAGCAUGAACUUAUCUAAAGAAAGUUUAAAGAAAGAUCUGCGAAAGAUCUUUAAUUAAUAGAAUUUAAAUAAAGAUAUUCCUCAAUAUAUUUUUAAAAUUUGUAUUUUCAAUUGAGUUAAUUAAAAUUGAGUUAAUUAAAAUGUUUAAUAUACACUAGACUCGCAAUGGGCUACACCAUGACUUAUAUUAUGGUUUACCAUACAGA